GUUAGUAGCGUGGGCUACCGCAUAAUGGUUUGGCUGUUUCUAUCGAUUGUUCUGGGAUGCUGGAAGAUGUCUGCGAAUGGAACUAUCGAAGAAAUGAUGAUAGCCCCAAUAGAGGUAAUUGAGGAAUGGGGCUGCUAUGAAACGGAAAUAAGAAUGACAUGCGGUAACCUCGAAUCGAAAAUCGCGAUCCUCGAAGCGAAGUUCACUCCACGUUGUCGGGAGCAGCGUACCGAAAAUUGUAUCUACAUGGACGAAAACAGCGUGACACAUCCAUUGGCCGCACAAAAAGUGGACAAGCUAAUACUGGAGGAAACGGAGGCCGGACGGCGCUUCUUAGCCACGAUGCGCCGGAAUCAUAGAAGGGAAAUGGAAGCUGCUGCUGCUGUGUCUAGCCUGGCAGUACCGUCAGCGCUGCCCCGGGAAACCGUAGAAGCAACCACGACCGGGGAAAAGCAUGUAACGAUGAUGGCCGCUCGUUCCUUCAAGGACAAACGCAGUUCACUGCGAGCUACCCUGGAGCACCUGAUCGUGCGCUAUUUGCGGCGGUUAACGAUCGACGACGAUAACGACGCGUAUGAGGAGCCGGGAAACCACGAAAGUGGCGCCCGCUACCGCCGUCAAUCGCUUCCGAUGGUCACCCGGUCCAUAGAGCCUCCGCUGGACGAGGAACGAGUUGCCUUGUCACCGGAAACGGUCGAAGGGGCUGGUUUCUCCAACUCGAUGGAAAUCACGCUGCUCACCAACGACACCGAUACGAACCUAACUCAGUCUUGGGAAGUCACGGCUACGGCGGUGCCCGCGGAUCCAACCCAGAAUUUACCAGGCAGCAUUCGGCAGCCGGAAGUGGCCGAGAGCUACAAAUUUUCGAGCCCUACGAUUUCUGGAACCCGGAACGAGGUUGGUGGAGGUGCGGAUACUAGUGAAACGCGUGGUCACAGUGUAGAAAAUCACAGUGCAAAUGAUGGUGAUGGGAGUGUGGGUGAGAUUGUGAGUGCCCUUGGUGAUAGUAGCGAUGAUAUAGAGCAUAAUCAAAGUGAUGUGGUCAGCCGUGGUGGAGAAGAUGAUUUAAAUAUCGGCGGUGGUCAUGGAACCGGUGGCAUAGGCCGUAGUAGUCCGUUGAAAUUAAAUGGAGAUGCUAGUAUUCAGAAGAAAAACGGAAAGCACGGGCGUCCGAGAGAAUGUGGCAGUGUGCGAAAGCGCGUAUCGCAAUUGGACCGCUUCGAGCUGGAACGGUCAAUGCGAAACGGAUCUUUCCGGGAGUAUAACAUACGGAACGCGCUCAACUAUCGCUGUUCCGGCAAAAAUCACUGCAGUUUCAUCUUCUCUCAAGAUCAUCCAUUCGCUGUCGUUUGGAAGGAAGGCACCAUACGUAUCAAGUAUAUCUGCAUGGACGAUUUUCGUGUCAGCAAAUACUGUGGCGAGCAUCUAAUAGUUGGCAAUGAGAUUCACUGGGAGCCCUUGGAUGGCGAAAACGAUUCUAAUGAUGAGGGCAACGAUGAAAAUACCUAUAACAGUGAACACAACACUUCGAGGAUAGAUUCGCACUCCACCGACUAUUUGCCGCCACGAACGCUGCCAAAUGCCCCUGCCUCGGAUUUUGGUGCCAAUGGUGCAAGUCAUCAGACCAGUGUUUCAAUGACAAAAACCGAAAAGAUGUCUAGCGGGACACAUAACGGAGAUGAUUUCAAUGAUGAAUCGGUGGCUGUUGUCCAGAAUGCCGUCGAUUGGGGCGCUGCCCGCCGAAGGCGCGAACCGCGCCCAGAGCCAUUGCACGCAGCAACCGUUCAUUCGUUUCAUAAUUUGAAAAUAUUUAAACCCAUUGAUGAACUGACUAAUAAUGGCACGGAUGAUACCAAUCUAGAGAUGGAAGCCGCCCGGAAUCGAAACCGUCAGCGACAGAAAGUUUUCUCGCAGGACUUCCGUGUACUGAAAAUACUGCCCAGUAAUGUGGAUGUCGUGGAGGACAUAAAACAAAUCGGAAACGAGUACUACUUCAAGAAGGAUGUCGAGGUUGUGGUGGAUGAUAGUGACAACGAAAUCCUCAAAAGCGACACAGACUUCAAGCGCCUUGAAGGACGGGAGUUAAACUAUUCUGGAACCACUGGCGAUGGUAGUGGAAUAACAGAAACUUUGGACAUUGUUGUAUUGCCGGCACCGACCAAAGAUGUAGAAAUUUACGAAAAAGAAAUUCUGCCGGAAGAAAGUUCGCUCCGACCGGACGAUAUCAGUGUAAUUGGUAUAGCAACCCCCACGAGAGUGACUGCUGCCUACACCACCAUCCCAAUGCCUAGACUAUUUGAAAAGAUGCACAGUACUUUUACUGAUGCUUCGCCAACGAUGCCGUCACCGCGGGUAGCAGGUUUGGAGACUACAAUCGGUCACUGGGACGAAGAAAGGAUUGAUCUGCCAGAGGUUGAAGAGUCAAUGCCGGAAGUACCGCCGAUACAAACGGAAGCGAACCAGACUGGUCAUACACUGGAAGACCGAGAUAACAUACCAUUUAGCUUCAACAAUCGAACAUUUAAGAAUAUCCAGGAAACAGUGCAUCAGGACGUUGGUGGUGGUCAAGAACCCUUUCAUCCCAUCAUUGAUUAUGACACGGGCGUCGAUUCGACUGAGCUUGGUGAGGACGAAGAAGACGAAGAUGCGAUUGAAAACAACGAACAGCUCGAAAAGGAUACCGUCACCAGUUCGGGAUCUCACAGUUUUGUUGGCCUAGAAUCAUUAAAAUUUCACAAAAAAUACAUGAGCGUUCAACGUACGUUAUUAAAACAUCCUUUGCGACAGGGGUUUCUAAUGACUCCUGGCUAUCCGAAAUACUAUAUCGGUGACAGUAUUUGUCGGUGGACGUUAUACGCGGGACAAAACCAACGGAUAAAACUAACCGUUCUAGACAUAGCAUUACGAUAUGACGAGGAAUGCCGAGAUUAUCUUCAUGUUGUAGAUUUGAACACGAAUCAGACAUUGUUCCACAGCUGUACCGAAAGCACACGCCCGAUAGAAAUUGUCAGCUUACAGGAGCGGCUUGAGGUGGCUGUGAGGACAACAACAAAAAUAAUUUAUCCCAAACGAGGGGUGCUGUUACACUAUACAGCACUUGGGUGUGAAGUGCCAUUUCCGACGCCGGCUCACAUGCGACUCGUGCGUCGAACGGAAAAACGGGCAUCGUAUGUCUGUGACCCGUUGCACGUCUUUCCUGAUACGGGCGAAAGUAGUCGAGAGCUGAUCUGUACCGUGAGACACACGUGGAAUCGAGUUCUGCCGGCCUGCAUUGAAAAACGAACAACCGAAGGGAGCGGUCUAGUCUCACAUUACGAACAGAAGCGUAAAUUCGGAUACGUUGACAGCAUGUCGGACAAACAGGCGGAUACUGUUUACGACAUUCUCAUUCCAUCGUUCGUCAUUGCGGGACUAUUCAUUGUUAACGGCAUAGUGUUUGCAGUUAUCAUGCGCUAUCGCAACAAGCGAAAGCAACGCCUUGAUCUAGAGAGUAAGGAACUGGCGGAACUGUAGAGAUCAUCACACCUUCAGCCCACCUCGACGUGCGUUAUCGCCGACUGCUACCGAAUAUUGCCAUGCUUGGCGCAGCGUCCAUUGCGACCGCAUAUCGCUUUGUCUGACAAUCUUUGCGUCUUUGUUGCGAACGAAUGUUUGAACUUUGUCAUACUUUAUCUUUAAUUUAUAAAAGAAAAUUAUGCAAGAAACACCACAUUGCAGGUAGUUACCACAAUCUUCAUUAUUUUGUUUUCAAAUUUACUCUCGAAACCUCCGUCAACGAUGGCUAUUUCAGUAUAGCGAUAAUUAAUUGAAUGUUGAUGGAUCAUUGAACCAAGGAUUGACCUCGAAAAUCUCCAAAAUCAAUUGAACAAAACUUGGUUAUGUUUGCAUAUGGGGUGACUUUUCAUUAAUUGACCAGACCGAACUUCAACCAGACUAGUUUCGCAUACAACGGACAGCUGGAAUGCACUCCGGAUACGAUACCCAUUUAGAGAUCUACUAAAGCUCUCUUCUUAUAGUUUUAAAUUGACAGAAAGCACCACUAAAUUAUACUUCCACUAUUGCACGCCUGGAAUAUAAAAAAACUGCUAAAAUUUCACUGAGGUUCUUCUGUGAGGUGUAUCACUGAUCACAACAGCAAAGUAUUCAAACACCAGUAAACACAUUGU